AUGGCUGCCAGCUUAGGCGCGUCCUCACUGGCCGAGGUACAUCUUGAGGGAUUGGAUCAGCUUCUGCAUGAUCUGGCAAAUAUAUGCUCAUCCAAUGAAAACCCCGAAUCUGGGCCACUCGGUGUACCUAUACUUGAUGCUCUGCUCGAGGUUUUCAUGCUCAAGACCUUGAGACCAAGUGAACUCACACAGCGCCAUCUGCAAUCACCCGCCCAACGAGAACAGAAUCGUCUUGAUAAUGAAGAGAUGAUAUUUCAGAGUGUUGAUCCGGAGAAUGAUAUGCUUCCAUUCGAUCCUGAGACGGGUCAGUCUUCCAACGCUUUCUUCUCCAAUUCCCUAUACCGCAGCAAGAAGCCCUGUCCGGUUGUCGAGAUAUCAAGCAGUGCCUCUGCGGCAGGCAAAUCCCAGCUGCUAUACUAUCUGGCCGCAUCCAUGAUUCUCCCUCGAUCAUACGAAAACCUCCCUAUUGGAGGGAAAGAGGCUGCUGUAAUCUGGAUAGACACCGAUGAUCGUUUCGAUGCUGAUCGGCUUCGUGUUGUAGCUCGUGGCAUUGUACAUCAAGCACGGCAGACUCUUGACCCCGAUGCUCUAAAUGAGGAUGCUGGGGGUUCUUUUGAUGAAAAUUUGGAAUCUAUGCUAGUCUCCUCUUUACAGCAUGUUCAUGUCUUUCGUCCACAGUCAUCAUCUGCGGUACUUGCCACCCUCCUUUCCCUCGACUCGUACCUAUACGAUCUCUCACGACACAAUUCUGCUUCUCGCCCAUUGCAGAUGCUUUGUAUUGACAGCGCAACGGCAUUUUUCUGGCAGGACAAACUGCGCGACGAGAUCGCUCGCACGGAAGAUAUCGGCCGGCCUCGCGUCCAAGUUGACGAGGAACGCGAGCUGAAGCAAAGCUUCUACCUCUCCGAUCUGUAUACGGAACUGGUCAAGGAAUUGAAGCGAUUGCAGAGCCGAUUUGGGUGUGCGGUUGUAUACACAACGACCGUCACGACUGGUCGUCCCGCUCCUAACAACAACUCGGGCCCUGCUGGCCCUUACGAUCGAGGGUCAUCACGAACUCCGUCGCUCAAACCCGCUCUCCCUGCACCAUGGGGAAACUUCCCAAUCUUACGACUAAUUGUUUACCGUGAUGCAGUUCGUCCAUUUCCUCCAGCUGCGAGCGUCGAUGAUGCUGAGAGAGAUGCAUCAAUGCGGCAGGAUGUCGUCAACCAAGGCAAGUUCUCAGCCUGGAUCAACGCCUGGGACCGUGAGGAAUGGCCUCGCCGAGUGGCAGAUGGGGUAGACUGGUACAAUGGUGGGAGUUUUGCCUUUUAUGUACAAGAUGUGGGAAUCACGAUACCCCGACCUGAUAGAUGA